AUGACGGCGGCCGCCGCCUCCAACUGGGGGCUGAUCACCAACAUAGUGAACAGCAUAGUAGGGGUCAGUGUGCUCACCAUGCCUUUCUGCUUCAAACAGUGUGGCAUUGUCCUGGGGGCCCUGCUCUUGGUUUUCUGCUCUUGGAUGACACACCAGUCCUGCAUGUUCCUGGUGAAGUCCGCCAGCCUGAGCAAGCGGAGGACGUACGCCGGCCUGGCGCUGCACGCCUACGGGAAAGCGGGGAAGAUGCUUGUGGAGACCAGCAUGAUCGGGCUGAUGCUGGGGACCUGCAUGGCCUUCUACGUUGUGAUUGGAGACUUGGGGUCCAACUUCUUUGCUCGGCUGUUCGGGUUUCAGGUGACCGGCACCUUCCGCGUGUUCCUGCUCUUUGCGGUGUCCCUGUGCAUCGUGCUCCCACUCAGCCUGCAGAGGAACAUGAUGGCCUCCAUCCAGUCCUUCAGCGCCAUGGCCCUCAUCUUCUACACCGUGUUCAUGUUCGUGAUCGUGCUGUCCUCCCUCAAGCACGGCCUGUUCGGCGGGCAGUGGCUGCAGCGGGUCAGCUACGUGCGCUGGGAGGGCGUCUUCCGCUGUAUCCCCAUUUUCGGCAUGUCCUUCGCCUGCCAGUCUCACAUUGCCGAGCCGGGCAGUGCCGCGUCUGGAGCGCGGCUGGCGGCCUCGUCCUCACCCCAGAAAGAUGGCACCUUUACCGCUGGGGGGUACAUGCCCCCUCUGCGGUUUAAAGCGCUCACCCUCUCUGUCGUCUUUGGAACCAUGGUCGGUGGAAUCAUGAUCCCAAACGUGGAGACGAUCCUGGGCCUCACGGGCGCCACGAUGGGAAGCCUCAUCUGCUUCAUUUGUCCGGCUCUGAUCCAUAAGAAAAUCCACAAGAACGCCCUUUCCUCCCAGGUGGUGCUCUGGGUUGGCCUGGGCAUCCUGGUGGUCAGCACACACACUACCCUGUCCGUGAGCGAGGAGGCCCCUGUGGACUUGGCCGAGGAAGCCCCGGCCGGCCGGCUGGAAGAGGCCGAGGGCAUCAUAAAGGCAGAGGCAGCCCGGCUCCCAGGCCAGAACCCGCUGGUGGACGUGGCCGAGGACGGCCGAGACAAGCCGAAGCUGCCGAAUAACAAAGAGGAGACGGAGCAGGCCCAGAUUAAGGGCCCUGUGAACGUGCCCCAGAGGGAGGAUGCCAAGAACAAACAGGAGGAGGUGCAGCUGGACCGCCCCGGCCAAGGUGGCUGUUCCUCCCCUGGCCACAGCAGCCGGGCCCCUUUUGUAGUUUUCCAGGAGGAAUAUCAGCGCUUGGACAAAAGUCCGAUCCGUAAAAGCAUCCGUCUGGUCCCCCAGGGGGCCGCGGAGGAUGGGGCCUGCCUCCUCCAGCACUGCGGAUGGGCGCUCGUCGCCGGCGAGUUCCCGGAGCAGGGUCCGGACGUUUUUGGCGGAGGCUCCCGCGAAAGGAGGAAACCCAGAAAAGGGGUGGCAGCCACUGGUGCCGGGGUUCGGAAGGAGGCAGAUGCGCUGGAGGCGAGGGAGAUAAGGGACCCGCGUGUGAAGUCGCAGCCAGUCAUCCGAGACCAGGGGCCUGCAGACCUGGCCAGCAAGCCUGGAGGAGCGGCCCCCCGGGCCCAGGCCGAGACCCGGCAGCUGGGGCACCGGGCUGUUUCCGCACUGGGUCAGGCUGGGCAGCAGGGCGGUCACCUGGAGGCCAGAAAGGAGGCCCCUGGCGGGGACCGUGUGCCUGCUCAGGGGGAGGACGCUGCCGUCCAAGAACCUGAGCAGAGGCCAGACCCAGAUCUUGGGCCCAAACCAGCCAUCCCCGGGGCCCAGAAGCCAGACUACGCCAAACCCAACCGAGACCUGAAAGUCCAGGCCGGUUCUGACCUUCGGAGGAGACGGCGGGAUGUGGCUCCUGGGGCAGGGGGAGCCCCAGCCCCGAAGGACAGGGUCAUCAUCAGCUUUAACCCUCUCCCGGAUGUGCAGGUCAACGAUCUCCGGAGUGCCCUAGAGACCCAGCUCCGCCAGGCUGCAGGGGGUGCUUUGCGGGUGGUCCAUGGUCGCCAGAUUAAGCAGCUGGCUGAGGCCCUGGAGGAUCCCUGA